CUCUCCCUCAUUUCUCCUCCUCUCUCUCUCUCUCUCUCUACUGCUGCGUCGACUCGAUCCCAUCCAUAAUCAACCGGGAGGUAUACAUACACUCGAGUCAAUCCCUCGUUGGAGGGAGCCAUGAGCCGCAGAGAAAUCCUCCACAAGAUGAAGGAAAAGGUUGGAUUAGGCUCAUCCACAGCCGACUCUGGAAAGGGGAAGAGUAAGAUGUCGAAGCACAUUACACAUGGUUUUCACCUGGUGAAGGGGAAGUCAUACCAUGACAUGGAAGAUUAUGCAGUUGCAGAGUUUAAGCAAGUUGACGAUCAUGAACUUGGUUUAUUUGCGAUAUUUGACGGCCAUUUGAGUAGUGAAGUACCUGAUUAUCUCCGGACGCAUCUGUUUGACAACAUCAUAAAUGAGCCUAACUUCUGGACGGAGCCAGAGAAAGCAAUCAGGAGGGCAUAUCGCGUAACCGAUAGUAAUAUCCUAGAAAAAGCAGCUCAAUUGGGUAAAGGGGGCUCAACUGCAGUUACAGCAAUUCUAAUUAACUGUCGCAAGCUAGUAGUGGCGAAUGUUGGGGAUUCCAGGGCAGUCAUCUGCAAAAAUGGUGUUGCCAAACAAUUGUCGGUUGAUCACCAACCAAACACAGAAAGAGAGAGAAUUGAGAAUAGAGGUGGUUUUGUAUCAAACUUUCCAGGAGACGUUCCUCGUGUUGAUGGGCAGUUAGCUGUGGCAAGGGCCUUUGGUGACAAAAGCUUGAAGGAACAUCUCAGCUCUGAACCUGACGUGACAGUCGAGGAGAUUGAUGAUGCCACCGAGUUCAUCAUCUUGGCAAGUGAUGGACUAUGGACGGUAAUGUCAAACCAGGAAGCAGCUGACUCUAUAAGAAACACAAAGGAUGCUCGGUUGGCGGCGAAGCACUUAACUGAAGAGGCACUGAGUAGGAAUAGCAAAGACGACAUAUCCUGCAUAGUUGUGAGAUUUCACUAGUUUGCAGUUUUUACUUUUGGGUGUUCUCUUUUCAUGUGGUUGGUAAACCUGUGGUUACAUCUUUUGCUUGUUUAUUCAGAGUGAUUAUCAAAGUCUGCUGUACACUUCAUGUGCAAUAAAUUGCAUAACCAGAUUGUGUUGA